AAUAAUUAAAUAAGGCUAAUUCAAUUUUUAUUUGAAAAAAUCGUCUCACACUCUCAUACUAACAUUGUCAGGCUAACUUACAAUAAUAUAAUUGGAUGAAUAAUUUUUGUUUUGAGAAAAUAGUUUGUUCAACUCACUGAGGAGAUUGUUAUUGGCCUAAUUCUAAUACUAUUCUUGACAAGUAGAUUGAAAUUUGAAACUGAUUUAUUUGCCAUACCUAACAAUUUACAAUCAGUACUUAUAUCAAACAUAUAAUAUAUACUAUAAAUAAUACAUAAUUUUGUGAGUAUGUAGUAAUAAAUAAAUUUAUAUAAAAAGGCACUAUUGUCAUAAGUAAAACUUGUUCGCCAGCAGUGAGUGCGAUUCAAAAAUACAAAAUAUUAUAAUGACAAUCAUAAAGAUUUCUAAUGACAAUCAUUUUGCCUGUCCAUAUAGCAAGGAUGCUAUAAAUAAUGCAAUGGUGGAUAUUUUUCAAGUAAAAAUGUUUAAUAAAGUGUGAAAAAAAAGACAAGAUUCAUAUUGAUUAUUAGUGAAUAGAAUAUUAAAACAUUACAAGGAAAUUGUUUUUUUGUCAAUUUGUAAAUUUGAUCUCCUUGGAUAAGUGGGUUAAACAAAUAAGAGCUGGAGUAGGAGACUAUUUGAAUAAGAAGACUAUCAAAACUUACAAUGAGGAAACAGUAACUCUAUAUUCCACCCAAGCAAUUGAGUGCAAGUGGGUAAUGAAAGAUUUGAGUGAUGUAUUGCAAUUUUAAACGACACGCCAUGAUAGAAGCAGCAGAACGCAUGACAGUUUUCCGAGUUGCGAAUUUGUCGGUCCGUUAGCUUUGCUCGGACAUUGCACCCUGGGAGACUGCGCCCUAAACAGCCAUUCCACCCUUCCACCCACUUUCCCCCUCACCCUUCCGCCAGGAGUGCUUACGCCCUUCGGUUCGGUAGUGAAAGGGAGUCAAUAUUAGCGCGAGGUGAGGGAACGAGACACACAUCACAGUGCUGUUUCCCGGCCGGGACUCUGAAAAGGGAAAGUCCUUCGGAUAAAAUGGACCUGAAGGGCAAGGUUGCUUUGAUAACCGGCGCCGCUGGUGCUAUUGGAAGAGCUUACACCGACGAACUUCUCAGAUGUGGCGCUAAGGUAGCGAUUUGUGAUUUGGACAUUGAGAAGGGAGAGAAGCUUGUUGACGAUUUCAGUCUAAAGUAUGGCAAGGGAAAGACAAUAUUUUGUCAAUGCGAUGUAACUGACUAUCCUCAGUUUGAAGAAUCUUUUCAAACAACUAUUUCUGCGUUUGGAGGCUUGGAUAUCGUGAUAAACAAUGCUGGAAUAUUCAACGACCGAUUCUGGGAAUUGGAGGUGGACGUCAAUCUUAAUGGAGUGAUUCGAGGCACUCUGCUGGCUCAGAGGCUGAUGCGGAAGGAGCGGCACGGAAAGGGGGGCGGAGGAGGGGUGGUGGUGAUGACCGCCUCCACACUGGGACUCAUGUCCACCCCCUGCGCCCCCAUUCACUGCGCCACCAAACAUGCCAUCAUUGGCUUCACCAGGUCAUUCGCGGAUCCAUUCCAUUACAGUCUAACUGGGGUGAGAGUGAUGGCGCUGUGUCCAGGGCCAACCAAGUGCGACACGAGCUCUGAUGAAAUAAAAAAGGCUCUCCUUUCACCUGAAUUUGAGCCUCUCUAUCAUCGCACUUAUGACAAUGUUACAUAUCAAUCAGCCCAGAGUGUUGGAAAAGCCCUAAUUCAUAUUCUACAGAAAGGUACGAAUGGAUCAGUGUGGGUGGUGGAGAACCAACAGCCUCCUCGAGAAGUUAAAUUUCCUUCAACCUUCUAGAAUAUCCAGUGCCAAUAGAAUUAUCUCAUGGAUCCUGCAAAAUGUACAAAUUUUUUCAAUGCUUUUCGUCCACGCGACUCCUGCUUAACUGUAUUUAUACAAGAGUUCUGAUCAAUUUUUUAUAUUUGUAAUUUAUAAUAUUUUAGGUGAAUAAGGGCAUGACAUUUUCAUAAUUUUAUAAUAAUACAUAGCGAUAUGAGUAACAGUUACAAUAAUUACUGUAUUGAACGAGAAUAUGGAGUAAACGAUGUUGAGAAAUGAUUGCAAUAAUCAAGUUGAGGGAAAAUUUUUAUUAUUCCCAUGUUGAAAACGGAGGAAAGAUAUUGUAGCUCAUUGAGAAUAUUAAGUUGUUCUACAUUGUAAAUUUUAGUGAUCCACAAGUUCGUAGUAUUUGUAUCUUUUAGUAAUUUAAAAUAGUUGCCAUUGAGAGGUGCAGGAAGCAUGAUAUUCAUCAUGCUUUGUGGAGAGGGGGUGGUUGUUGUCACAGAAUACAAUAUUUAUAUUCAAUUAUCUAUAAAUUAAUUAUUAUAGCAUUAAAAUCUUGUUUUCUGUGAUACAGGAGAACUAAAUUCACACUCAAUUGGCGUGAAGCUGACGUGGCAAGGACGUGGUGGUGGUAUGGCGAUGACUUUUCAAACUGGAAUAAUAAAAACAUAUUAUUGUUUAAUUCAAACAGAAGUGGCAUGGAAAAACGCCACUUUUGUUUGCAUUGGACCAUUUUUCUCAUAAAGGAGUGGUAUGAAAGUGGCAUAAAGUCAGUUCCACGCCAGCGCCUCGUCAUUCUAGUGUGAAUUGGGCCCAAGAUGAAGCUUUCAAAAAAAAAAUUAUUCUCUCAUUUCUCAGACAUACACAUAAUUAUAGACUACACUAUACUUGACAACAAGUCUACAAGAAUCAUCAAUAUCUGAUCCAUAAAUUAGCUGAGCUCAUUUCUUAGAAAUUGUAUUAUGCAUACCGUAAUAUAAUAUAGCUUAUUGCCGUGUUGAUUUGAAGUUUUGAAAUAUAUCUACUAAAUUAAUAUUCUAUUAGCCUAAGUUUUGGAGUUUUGACUCAACUUUUAUUGUAUUGGAGAGUUUAAAUGACGUAUUGUGUUGAUGAACAUAAAAUUGUUAAUGAAUAUGCUUUGAAUGUCUAUUAUUGAUAGAAUAUUAUAUGUAUAGCUCUACUAGUUUCAAUUAUAUUUAUUGAUACCGA